CCCGCCCCCUCUCCCUCAGCCGGCGGCUCCUCUGAGCCUUAGUUUGAGGAGACCUUCUUCACAGUCGGAGGCGCGCUUUUCCCGCUCUAAUUCCCGGCGCCAUGGCAGAGCAGGAGAGCCUGGAGUUCGGCAAGGCGGACUUCGUGCUCCUGGACUCCGUCUCCAUGCCAGAGUUCAUGGCCAACCUCCGUCUGAGGUUUGAAAAGGGACGAAUCUACACUUUUAUUGGGGAAGUCGUUGUUUCUGUAAACCCUUAUAAGAACUUGAAUAUCUAUGGGCGUGAAAUGAUUGAGCAGUACAAGGGGCGGGAGCUGUAUGAGAGGCCCCCUCAUCUCUUCGCUAUUGCAGAUGCUGCAUACAAAGCCAUGAAGAGACGGUCAAAAGAUACAUGCAUUGUAAUAUCAGGUGAGAGUGGAGCAGGCAAAACAGAAGCAAGUAAAUACAUCAUGCAAUACAUAGCUGCCAUUACUAAUCCAAGCCAAAGAGCUGAGGUUGAAAGAGUGAAGAACAUGCUGCUGAAAUCCAACUGUGUUCUAGAGGCCUUUGGGAAUGCCAAAACUAACCGCAAUGACAACUCCAGUCGAUUUGGAAAAUAUAUGGAUAUCAACUUUGAUUUCAAAGGAGACCCAAUAGGUGGGCACAUCAAUAAUUAUUUGCUAGAAAAGUCACGGGUAAUUGUGCAGCAGCCAGGAGAGCGAAGUUUUCAUUCCUUCUACCAGCUACUCCGAGGAGGUUCUGACCAGCUUCUACGUUCUUUACAUCUACAGAAGGAUUUGUCUGCAUAUAACUAUAUUGGUGCUUAUGGACAAUUAAAGUGUUCCAUCAAUGACAGUGCUGAUUUCAAAGCUGUUUCUGAUGCCAUGAAAAUAAUUGGGUUUGAAACAGAAGAAAUUCAGACAGUUUUCAAAAUUCUUGCUGCCAUUCUUCAUCUGGGCAAUUUGAAAUUUUCAGUGGAUAUGGAGACACCGGUGAUCGAAAACAGCAAGCUAGUCUCUGUCAUUGCAGACCUGCUAUCAACCAAGACUGACAUGGUGGAGAAAGCCCUGCUUUUUCGAACAGUUGCCACUGGUCGGGAUGUUAUUGAUAAGCAGCACACAGAACAAGAGGCUUCCUAUGGCAGAGAUGCAUUUGCAAAGGCAAUAUAUGAGCGCCUUUUCUGUUGGAUUGUGAUGCACAUCAAUGAUGUGAUUGCAGUGAAGGACUACAACAGCACAGUUCAUGGGAAGAAUACAGUGAUUGGGGUGUUGGAUAUCUACGGCUUUGAGAUCUUUGAUAAUAACAGCUUUGAACAAUUCUGUAUUAAUUACUGCAAUGAAAAGCUGCAGCAACUCUUCAUCCAGCUUGUUUUAAAACAAGAGCAGGAGGAGUAUCAGCGUGAAGGGAUUCCCUGGAAGCAUAUUGACUACUUCAACAACCAAAUCAUUGUUGAUCUGGUGGAGCAGCAACAUAAAGGGAUUAUUGCCAAUUUGGAUGAUGCAUGCAUGAACGUUGGAAAAGUCACUGAUGGGAUGUUCCUGGAGGCUCUCAAUACCAAACUGGGCAAGCAUGCCCACUUCUCCAGCAGAAAGCUUUGUGCCAUGGACAAAAACCUGGAAUUUGACAGAGACUUUCGGAUUAAGCACUACGCUGGAGAUGUUAUCUACUCAGUCACUGGAUUCAUUGAUAAAAAUAAAGACACUUUAUUUCAAGAUUUCAAGCGUCUGAUGUAUAACAGUUCCAACCCUGUGCUGAAAAAGAUGUGGCCAGAAGGCAAAUUGAGCAUCACAGAGGUGACAAAGCGACCAUUGACUGCUGCUACCCUUUUCAAGAACUCAAUGAUUGCUUUAGUGGACAAGUUGGCAUCUAAGGAACCAUACUAUGUCCGCUGCAUUAAGCCCAAUGACAAAAAAUCACCACAGAUAUUCGAUGAGGAACGUUGCAGGCAUCAGGUGGAAUACCUUGGCCUCUUGGAGAAUGUGCGAGUUCGACGAGCAGGGUUUGCCUAUCGCCAGACAUAUGAGAAGUUCCUUCAUAGGUACAAGAUAAUCCCUGAAUUUACUUGGCCAAAUCACAAACUGCCAUCUGACAAGGCAGCUGUAAAGAAACUGAUUGAACACUGUGGAUUUCAAGAUGAUGUAGCCUAUGGGAAGACCAAGAUUUUUAUUCGCACACCACGGACACUCUUCACAUUAGAAGAACUCCACGCCAAGAUGCUUGUAUGGGUUGUUCUCUUUUUACAAAAGGUUUGGAGGGGCACACUAGCACGUCUUCGUUACAAGAAGACCCGAGCUGCCCUCAGAAUCCUAAAGUGCUACCGUCGAUACAAAGUUAAGUCUUAUAUCUGCGAAGUUGCCCGGCGAUUUCAUAAUGUCAGGUCCAUGAAGGAUUAUGGGAAGCAUGUGAGAUGGCCUACCCCACCUAAAGUGCUGCGGCGGUUUGAAGAGGCCCUCCAGGCAAUUUAUUUCAGGUGGAAAGCGAAUGAACUCAUCAAGAGUAUCCCACCCAAGGAUCUACCUCAGAUCAGGGCAAAGGUGGCCGCAGUGGAACUGCUUAAGGGGCAUCGGGUUGAUAUUGGACUCCAAAGAGCUUGGCAGGGCAACUACCUUGCAUCAACUCCAGAUAACCCUCAGGCUGCAAGCUCAUUUGUCCCCAUUACCUUUGAGUUGCAACGAAAGGACAAGUUUAUGAAUGUUCUUUUCUCAUCUCACGUUCGCAAGAUAAACCGCUUUAACAAAGUUGAAGAUAGAGCAAUUUUUAUCACCGACAGACACCUGUACAAGAUGGACCCUACAAAGAACUACAAAGUGAUGAAAACCAUUCCACUGUACAAUCUCACAGGAUUGAGUGUUUCCAAUGGAAAGGACCAGCUGGUGGUGUUCCAUAUAAAAGACAACAAGGACCUAAUUGUCUGCCUCCUCAGCGUUCAUUCACCGAAUGAGAGCAGAAUUGGGGAGCUGAUUGGAGUCCUGGGAAAUCACUUCAAAAGUGAGAAACGCCGCCUGCAAGUGAGUGUCACCAACCCAGUCCAAUGCAGCAUGCAUGGUCGGAAAUGCACCGUCUCCGUGGAAACCAGGAUCAACCAAUCGGAGCCAAACUUCACGAAGGACCGGGCAGGCUUCAUCCUCUGUGUGCCUGGGAAUUAGCAUGACUUCUGCGAGGAAGGGAGGGAGGCGGAGGGAGAGAGGUCCCCCCUUUGAGCAGCCUUUUGUGUCUUGAAUCUGGUGGGUGGGGAGGGAGCGGGGAGAAGAGGAGUCGAGGGGCUUGUCAAGAUAUCCCCUUGCGACACGCAUCUAGACAUCUGUAAAGCUAUACAGACAAGGAGCAUAAAAUGCCUCCUUGGUGAUGCCGGCUGCGAUGAUUUUAGAAAUGGCUUCUGAGCCAUUUUGUACCAACAGUUUUUACAUUCUUCUGCUUUACUUCUCCUGUUCCUCCCUCUCCCUGUACUGAAGAUUGUUAUAUUAUUCAUUCUUGAAGCUCUGAUCAGAGCAACCAAAGCCUUACUUGGGAGGGAACAGGAGGGACGCACUUUCAAUUUUACUGAGACCAAAUCUUAAUUUUAAAUGGGAGCUAUAUUUAGGGAGAGACAAGUGUUCAUAACCCAGAGACGAGGGGCUGGGGCAAUCAUUUCUCAAACACAUCUUUGAUCUUAUUCCACGGGAAUGUUUUGCCUGAUCCCAUUAGAUGAUAUUAUAUGACAUUAAUCCCCCAGCCCUUGAAAAAGCAUAUUCAGACUGUGGAUUUGAUCUUUGGUUGAGCUGGUUCUUGCAAUACAACCCCAGUGCCUCACUAGCCUUGCAGUCUGGGUGGUUCUAGCUAGAUGCCAAGAGACAGAUAGAAAAAGCACCAGCUUUGAAAUAUAUUUUGUGACACCGCCACCCCUUUUGUGAUGAGCUGGCACCGAUUCUUCUCAACCAUUACUUUUUCAGGCGCUGCUAUUAGUGCAAGCAUCAGAGCCCAUUUCUUGGGCUGGUGCAUAUUAUGCUUUAUCCAAGCAGCUAGCAUCGUUCUGGCCAGUGUAAUCUUGUGUAGAUGCCUUUUGUUGGUUGCAGUUGCUGAGCAGUGAUGCAGCCUUGUUAACAGGCUUUUGUUUCUUCUCGUGCCAAAAGGAGCGUGCUUUAUUUGACAUGGAGGAGGGAGAGUGCUUCCAGCGUCUUGAAAGGCGGGAGGAAAUGUGUUAUUCUGGGUCACUUCAAAAAAAGCCUAUGGCACAUAAUGAGUAAACCAAACAUAACCAAACUGGCACUGCAGGUCAGGUCAGGUUGGGAUGAUUUAACUAUCUUACGAGGGCACACAAUCCACUUUUGUGGCAGGGAUGGCUUCAUUUUGUCAUGUUCAAGCAUGAGGGGGAGCACACUGUCACCCUUGGGGGAACAAGCGAGAUAAAAGGAAGUCUUACUAUAGACUUUCAAGCCAUUCCUAGCCACUGUUUGGUAUCCUGUUUGUGAAUGAUGUGGCAUAAGCCCAAUGUACACUAGUGUAACCAUUUUUUCAGUUGUCGCUGAGAUCAGAAUUCUUUAUUGACUCCUCAGUGCCCUAAAUCUCCUCCAAACCCACCUUUUAAGCACCACAAACCCGCAAUACAGCUAUGUCCAUGUUGCUGAAGAGCAGUGGGAUCAGUGGAGAUGCAUCCAUCUUUUUCUUGGAGCUGGAUAUGCGGCAAGGAUAUCAUCUGAAGGAAAGUCCUGAAGCUCAUUGAGGGUUGUUGUGUGUUUUCUGGACUGUAUGGCCAUGUUCCAGAAGCAUUCUCUCCUGGCGUUUCGCCCACAUCUAUGGCAGACAUCCUCAGAGGUGAUCUAGGUGAACCUCUGAGGAUACUUGCCAUAGAUGUGGGCAAAAUGUCAGAAGAGAAUGCUUCUGGAACAUGGCCAUACAGUCCAGAAAACACACAACAACCCUGUGAUUCCAGCCAUGAACGCCUUCGAAAUCACUGAGUGUUCCUGUAGGCACAUUAAGGACAAUAGCUGGACAUUUCUAUGUUGGUUUCCCAUGCUCUCCGACCACAUGAAAGUAUCCAUGUUGGAAUGGUUGUAUCUAUUUAACAGUGGGUUCUUAAGAGAUUUCGCUGGGAGAUGUUAACUACAGAGAUGUAACUACAUGCCAGACAUACAUCUCUCAGUGCAAGAUCUCAGCCAUUACCUUUUUGAGACUACAGUCAUCUGAAAUAUUAACUUUUCUGAGUUCUAUUCCUGACUGUGCAUCAUGUCUUAAGAGAGAUGAACUCUCUACCACCAUUCAAAAUGACUUACUUCUUCUUUGUGAUCGUUUCCUAAGAAAAUCAUGAUGUUCACCCUUUUCCUUAUUUUACAAUAGUUUGCCUGGAUGAUGCAAGAGCUCCGUCUUGUAGUAUCUAAACAUGCUUUUCAGUGUGGAGAUUCAAACAGUAGGAGGAUGUAGGUGAAUACUGCUUGAUGUCUUUAGCUAGUCGCAGAUAGAAAAUGACAGCUUGUAUGGAGCCCAUUAUCCGUCCCAGCAUUCAUUCUCACCAAGUCAAGCCUACCCAUGCGGAGAGAUAUUCUGGAUGAACCUUCCUUCUGAAAAGAAAUUUGGCUGCUUGUCAGUCUUGCCAAGAGACUCGGGAGUUUGCCCUCUGUUCUCUGUUGCCAGAAGCAAACUGGGCUUGUCCCUAACUCCCAUCCACCCUCAUCUUUUCUUAUUUCUGUCCUUCUUUCCCAAUUACCAGAGUGCCUUCCACCUCCCCCUUUCACAGCAGCCACUUUAGCCACAGAAACUUUUCAGUUAGCACCUUUGUAUGGUAACUCAACAUAAUGGCUGUAUUUGAAUACUGAUAGAAGUCAAUAGGAUUGUAUGUUGAAAAAAUGCUCUCCAGAUAUGUAAAAUUAGCUAUAUAAUAUGUGAUGAAGUAUUUGUCUUGACUUAAAUGAAUAUACAGUAUUUGUGCCUUUUCUGAUUUACCUGUGUGUCUGGACUUGAGAGAAAGAGACGUGUGAGAGAGAAUCUGUAUGUUUCUUGGUUUUAUCGAUCUAUAAAUUAACUAUUUCUUAAUUGUAUUUUGAUUUUAAGCCUGGGAGAAUAAUGUAAUGAACAUUUUAAAAUGCAGUUUAUACAGAAAUGUUUGGCCCAAACCCGUUAUAAUUAAAAUGUAUUUUGUUUACAUAAUUAAUUGCAAUAAACAAGAGGGCUCUCAAGUA